CAGCAGCCACUAUUCACCCCGACCCCCAGCUCUAGGUACUCAAUAUCAUCCGAGGUCCACCUCCUAUCCGCUGAGAGGAACACCGGCGCACAUUCUCUUUCUCUCUGUCCUGUAUCGUCUCUCCCCCCCGAGGGUCCCGUCGCACCCUUCUUCUUCUUAUCCUUCUUCGCAAACCACCAACUACUAACUACUGCAGGUGCUCGCCAUGGUUUCUCUCCUCGGGCGUCUCGUCCCUCUUGCGGCGUUGACCACCGCUCUCCUCCGUCUCUCCAGGGCAGCCACCAUCACCCACGACUUCAACGUGACCUGGGUGACGUCGAAUCCCGAUGGCGCCUUCGAGAGAGCUACCAUCGGGAUAAACGACCAAUGGCCGAUCCCUCCCAUCGUCGCCAACGUCGGCGACAACAUUGUCAUCCGCGUGAAAAAUAAGCUAGGCGACCGGCCCACCUCUCUCCACUUCCACGGCCUGUUCAUGAACGGGAGCACUCACAUGGACGGCCCUGCCCAAGUAUCGCAGUGCUCGAUUGCCCCAGGCUCGAGCUUCACUUACAACUUCACGAUCAACCAACCGGGCACGUACUGGUACCACUCCCACACUAACGCGCAGUACCCGGACGGGCUGAGGGGGCCGCUCAUCGUCCACGACCCGGAGUCUCCGUUUCUGGACCAGUACGACGAGGAGAGGAUCCUGACCGUCUCCGACUGGUACCACGGCCAGAUGACCGACCUCAUCGCCGGGUUCAUCAACAAGGCCAACCCCACGGGCGCUGAGCCCGUGCCCCAGGCGGCGCUGUUCAACGACACUCAGAACCUCACGGUCCCCGUCGAGCCCGGCAAGACGUACCUCUUCCGCGUCGUCAACAUGGGCGCCUUCGCCGGGCAGUAUCUCUGGUUUGAGGGCCAUAACAUGACCAUUGUCGAAGUCGACGGCGUCUACCACCAGCCCGCUGUCGCCGAGAUGAUCUACCUGUCGGCCGCCCAGCGCUGCAGCUUCCUGGUCACGACCAAGAACGAGACCACGGCUAACUACGCCUUCGUGGCGAGCAUGGAUACGACUCUCUUCGACACGAUCCCCGACGGCCUGAACUACAACGUCACCGGCUGGCUGGUCUACGACGAGGCCCGGCCGCUGCCCGACCCGACCCUGGUCGACGAGCUCGACCCCUUCGACGACAUGACCCUGAUCCCGCACGACAACCAGCCCCGCCUCGGGGAGCCGGACAGGACCGUCCAGCUCGACGUCGUCAUGGACAACCUGGGCGACGGCGCGAACUACGCCUUCUUCAACAACAUCACGUACAAGUCGCCCAAGGUGCCGACGCUGUACACGGCCCUGACGGCGGGGGAGCUGGCGACGGAGGCGGCGGUGUACGGGUCGUUCACGAAUGCGUUCGUGCUGGAGCGCGGCGAGGUGGUGCAGGUGGUGGUGAACAACCUGGACACGGGCCGGCACCCGUUCCACCUGCACGGCCACCACUUCCAGGCGCUGCACCGCUCGGCCGACGACGCCGGCACCUUCGCCGACGCCCCCGUCGCCGAGUCCGACUUCCCCGCCGUCCCCAUGCGCCGCGACACCCUCGUCCUCUACCCCUCCGGCAACCUCGUCCUGCGCUUCCGCGCCGACAACCCCGGCGUCUGGCUCUUCCACUGCCACAUCGAGUGGCACGUCGCGUCGGGCCUCAUCGCCACCUUCGUCGAGGCGCCGCUGGACCUGCAGCGCUCGCUCGCGCUGCCGGCGGACCACCUGGAGGCGUGCGCGGCGCAGGCGGUGCCGACGGCGGGCAACGCGGCGGGCCGCGCCGGCCUCGACCUGACGGGCGAGAACCGCGCGCCGGACCCGCUGCCCGCCGGCUUCACGGCGCGCGGCGUCGCCGCCCUCGCCCUGACCUGCCUCUGCGGCCUGCUCGGCGUCGCCACCAUCGCCUGGUACGGGCUCGCGCCGUACGCAGCGCCGCCGGCCGCCGCCGACGCGGACCCGGGUUCCGUGCGGCUGGGCGCCGCGGAGGAGCUGCAGACGAGCCCGAGCCGCGGCACCGAGUUGCUCGUGGGUGCGUCGUCGGCGGGGGCCGGGAGGGCGCGGUAG